GAGCUCCACCUAGUUGUUGGGACCGCGACUGAUACGACGAUGUCUCCACGCUCUUUUUCGAGUGGCUUCUUGCGGACUUACAAAUUCACGGAUGAAGGAAGAGGCUUGGAGUUACUUCACAAAACGGAGACUAAUGAUGUUCCACUGGCGCUUUUGGCGUUCCAGGGGCGACUUGUCGCCGAUGUAGGAAAAGCUUUGGGAAUUUAUGAUAUCGGGAAGAAGAAGCUACUUCGUAAGGUACGCUCAUCAAACAUUGUUCAGACAUUUGCUUCGCCCAUCAUCACACUCAAUACGCAAGGUUUGAGAAUUAUAGUGGGGGAAAUACAAGACUAUGUCUCUUUCGUUGCGUACACAGCACCAGAAAACCGUUUGCUCGUUUUCGGGGACGACUCCCAACGAAGAUGGGUCAGUACUGUGAGGAUGGUGGACUACAACACUGUAGCAAUACGAGACCGCUUUGGUAACAUUAUCGUCAAUAGACCGGACACUAAGGAAUCAGACCAAGUCGAUGAAGACCCUACCGGCGCUGGUAUCCUUCACGAAAAAGGGAUAUUGACGGGUGCCCCUCACAAGACCAAGAUGGUGGCACAUUUCCAUGUCGGAGACCUUAUCACUUCUAUACACAAAGUAGCGAUGGUUACUGGAGGACGUGAAAUCUUGCUGUAUACUGGUGUCCAUGGCACGGUCGGUAUCCUCGUACCAUUCGUUUCGAAGGAGGAUGUCGUCUUCAUAUCGACGUUGGAGCAGCAUCUGCGCAUAGAGCAGAGUAGUUUGGUUGGCAAAGAACAGUCAAGUUUGAGAGGUUAUUAUACGCCGGUCAAGGCGGUUGUAGAUGGCGAUCUCUGCGAGACAUUUGCUCGACUACCGGGGUCCAAGCAAAAUGUUAUUGCUGGUGAGCUUGACUCUCGAGAAGAGCCUCACUUGAAGGUAAUCCUGAAAUAUGAUGAGUAG